CAAACACGGAAUACAGGUAAAAUUUAACUAAUUUUUUUUCCCGUGAAUAUCUAAUAAUACUAUACAAACGCGACCUAUCGAUAUCGCCCGUGUAAGUAUAUGCAUACAUAAUUAUCGCUCCAUCUUUUUUACGUAGCGGAAAGGUCAUCCUGUAGCGGGAUCAGUGCAAUAUGUAGCUCGAUUGCAUAACGAUUCGUUGCUAUCACCCUUGGAAUAUUAAAUUGAUGAUUGCUGAUUAGCGCGAAAUAUAUUCCUCGUGCGGGAAAAAAUAUAUAGCAACCAAAGUUAAAUUUUAAGUAUUCCUGUAGUUAAUUUAGCAUGGUAACUAAAUUUCAGAUGUGAUGUAUUACCUAAAAAGUUAUAAUGGCUAAUCAUUUUUUCGUCCGGAUUUUUUUAAAAGAGUCACCGGUAAUUAACGAUGGGAUUAAAUAUCUUAAAUUAGAAUUUGUUCCUUUUGCAUCAAACUCUCUUGAUUACUUAAAAAAAAAACCUUCUUCAAGUAUCUUAAAAAAAUGAGCAAAAGCCAGAGUUCGAAUACUACUUGUAAAAGAUUCGACUCUUUACGAUAGAAAAUAUUUAUAAAUAUUAUCUCGAACCUUGCAGACACUUAAUCUAAAAUUCAAAUAUAUAAUUGCUCUAGAUUUGAUUACUUCGCAAGGACAGUAUAUAUGAAAUAUUAUUUCUUAUGAAUAAUACUCGCAUUCUAGAAAAUGAAACUUGAUUAUUAGACUCUCAGAUUCAAAUUUUUAAAUACAUAUUAAACUCGAUUCCAUCUCUAAUUGCAAUAUAUGCAUAAAAGAAAAAAUAUCCUUCCUUUCAGUCCACUCGUACCACCUUUUUACAUAUACAAAUUGUUGAAUUUGUAUCCAACGACUACAUAAAUAUUUAUCGCUUUUCGAUAAGGCGACUGGUAUAUUUUUUUUCUUUAAAAAUAGACAUUUGUUCAUUUGACAAUAGAGACGCGCAUGCGACGCGACGUUUUGCGCAUAUAAAGGCAUACUUUGCGGAAUGCAAUUGCGCGCGAAAGCGCGGCGAAUCGAAACUCCGCGAAUUCGCGUCGCGAGGCGGCGGCGGCCGCUUUUUGCUCGCUAAAACGCGAAACCGGCCGAUCAUCAUCGAAGGCGACUCCGCGGUUCGAACGCGAACGCGCGUUAUCCAGUGCGCGACGUGACGUCGGGGCUGGUCGUUGCGCGCGAUGCGCAACGAGAGCGCGAGAAGAGAAGAAGAGAUGGAUGGACUUCGAUGUGCUAUCCUCAAAGUGGAAAAUUGGAACGCGUAAUUACAUAAUAUAUACCGGAGGAGAUCGCUUCGUCGCGCUCGAACGAAACGCGUGAAUUUCAUCGUUCGCGACGCCGUUGCUUGCCAAGGCACGUGAGAGUCUACCAAAGUACACACAUAUAGAAUAAACGAGAAUCUCGUAGGGAAUUUUACUUCUUAUAUAAGCGAAAUUUGCUAGGAAUAAGGGAUGAACAUUUAUUGUUGGACGAUAAACGAGAGUGAAAAUGGAAGAAGUGCAGGGAGGAAAUAAAAUUGUGCGCGAUGUCAAAGUUUGACAAGUGACGAGGAAAGAUACGGAAGGUGUCGUCUAAAAGAAUAGUCCAUCAUGCAUCACCUGAAGAGAAGUGACGGCGGAUUUUAAUCACCAUUGUCACCUCGUCUAAGAAGAAAAUCAGGAAAUCAAAAGUCUUUAAGUAGAAUAGCAAACAUGGAUAUAAAUAAGGACACGCGGUUUCGAGACACGUUUUGCUACACCGUUGUUCGUCGCGAUUCGACUUAAUGGCGUUUCUCGCAAUGGGAUCCAGCUAAGAAGGAGAUAACCAGAAGAAAGAACAGAGAGAAAGAGAAGAAGCGAAGAAGAGACCCUCGAGAAGAGUCGAGUCGAAGGAGAGGAUUCUCUUACCUUUCUAUUUACACGCGUCGACGAUGAACGAGGUGAGGCACGUUUUGACAGCCCUGAGGUCUCCCUCCAAGAAUUUGACCUUGAGCAAUGGCACUCCUGGCGUCGCGACGACGACGUGGUACGACGUCCCGGCGCCGAUUAUCGUGCACUGUCGCGAGUUCCACGAAGAAGCCAGUCACGACGUCGUCGAGAACGGAGAAGAGCCGGAAGUCGGAUCCGUAGUCAAGGACACGGAGUCCUUGGAAAAGGACACUCGAGCGAAAGUGACCGGGAGACCCUUAUCGAUGAACGAGGCGUUGUACCAGAACAAGGAGGCGAUCCUGAACGACAAGAAUCGGAACCGGAAGAGACACAGUACCACUUUGGAGCUGAACGCCACCGCGAAGGUGGAGACAGAUGCCGAUGGAGUGCCCACGAUCAGCUUCAGCUUCCUGCGGACCGACGAGAAGGACUUUCACGAGGAUGGGGACGAAAUCGUGAUCCUGGAGGUCGACACGAGCGAUCAGACGAAAGAUUCAGCGAGUGAGAAUCAGCUGUACGACCUACCCAAGAGCGCCCCGAGUCGAGUCUCCUUGGAACGAUCGGACGAUAAGGAAACGAGCGUCGAGUUCUCGUCGUCGGUGACUCGCCAGGUUCUCUACGACAUGCCCGCGGCCAAGGACGCGUCCUUGAACGGAGAGAGGGAGACGAUGACGCCAUCGAACGUUUCUCUCAACGAGAGGAGCAAACAGCAACGGGACCAGACCAAACGUUCCACCAGGUCGCUCAAGUCCGGUCGCAGAAGCUACGGCGCGUCCGAUAGCGACGGCUACGACGCCGGAAUAGCGUCCAUGUCGGGAUCCUAUUCGGAUCCCGAAUGUCCGAAUGAGGAGGGCUCGGUGAGCGGUGGUUCCGCUCGCAGCAGGCGGAUGAAGCUGCAGAAGCGAAGACUGGGCAAAGCCUGGGGCAGGAUGCGCAGCUGGCUGCGAGAGGAGAAAAUCAGGAUCGGCGAGGUUGUCAACAGGCACGCGCGGUUGCAGGCUGUCGGUGCUCUGAAUCCCGAGGUGCGAGAUGACACUACGCGGACAUCCAAGAGCAAACAACGCGGUUUCUACGAUCUGACACGGGCGCGCACCCAGGAGUCCGGGUCGAUCACCAGGGUGGAAGAAUUCGGAUUGUCGUCGGUGUCGGAGGAGGCGAACGUCUCCGACGAGGAGAGACCGACGUCGUUCGACCGCGGGAAUUUGAAGAGGAAGACGGCGAGCUCGGACGACAUCUUGGAGAACAGCAGGACGAGGUUGCAGCUUCCGGUGUCCUUCAGCGUGGACAAGCUCUGCUCGAACGAUCUGGAGAACGACCCGGGGACGAGAACGUCGUCGUCGACCACGCCGACGACGCCGACGACGACGAUGACGACGACGGCGCCGACGGAGAUCAGCUGCGAGACGUCGAGGGACGCUGGGAAAGGUGGCCUGAUUAAGAGGAGAAUGCUCGGGUCAAUCAGAGGGUUAAUGGCCUCCACUCAUCUGCUGCAAACCUACGAGAUCGAGGAGGUACCUAUUCUUUGCGCUCUCGGAGCCUCCUUAUAGUGUGUUUGCUGUUAUCUAAAUGAAAUUAUAUGGGUGAUUAUCU